UUUUGAGUUGAUACAUGUAUGUUGGUCAAUAGAUAUUUUAAUUAUGUAAUUAAGGCAUGAAUAAAGUUUGUAAAUAUAGCUCGCAACUCUCGUAUGAACUCGGCAACUUGUGAACAAUCUAGUAGCCAAUGUUCAGUGAAAUUCACUGUAAAAGAAAGAAAGAAUUAUGACAAGAGAUAUUUUAAUUUAUAUUUAAGGCAUGAAUAAAGUUUAUAAAUGUAGUUCGCAACUCUCGUAUGAACUCGGCAACUUGUGAACAAUCUAGUAGCCAAUGUUCAGUGAAAUCCACUGUAAAAGAAAGAAAGAAUUAUGACAAGAGAUAUUUUAAUUUAUAUUUAAGGCAUGAAUAAAGUUUAUAAAUGUAGUUCACAACUCUGGUAUGAACUUGGYAACUUGUGAACAAUCUAGUARCCAAUGGYCAGUGAAAUCCACUGUAAAAGAAAGAAAGAAUUAUCACUAACACAGUCUUUUUUAAACCAGGUCCCUAUCAUAAAGCUUACAGAUGAAAAAACACAAGUUAAAAUAGACAUCAGCUUUAAUGUUUCUGCAGGACUGAAUGCUGCUGAAUUUGUUAGAAACAAUAUAGAGACAUAUGAAUGCCUUCCACCAUUGGUUCUUGUACUGAAGCAGUUUUUACUUCAACGUGAUCUAAAUGAAGUGUUCACUGGUGGUGUCAGUUCCUACAGCCUUAUCCUUAUGGUCAUCAGCUUUUUCCAGCACCAUGAAAGGGGUGAUGGUAGGAGUAUUGAGAAAAGCAAUCUGGGUGUUUUAUUGAUAGAGUUUUUUGAGCUAUAUGGAGUUAACUUCAACUAUGCCAAUGCUGGUAUACGUGUUAGAGAUGGAGGAUCCUACUUCAACAAGCAAGAGGUUUUGAAUGAUUUGGAUGACGGCUACAAUGCAUCACUCUGUAUUGAAGAUCCAUUUACAGAAGGUAUGUGUCCACAAAAUGGUGAUAGCAAUGGACCUCUUGGAUGAUAGAGCACAGG